AUGGCCAACGGACAUGUCCCAGAACCCCUGGAUGCUUCUGGGUCAUCCACUCCGAUAAAUGGAGACACAGACACUACAAACACCCCAGACAUCUUCAAUGCCAGCUCCGUCGCAGAAAUCAAAGCCACUCUGUCCCACCUCCACACCCAAGAAGCCUCCGUAACCGCCCGCCUCGAUGCCCUAGUAACAUCCCAGAAAGACCUCUCCAGGGAGCUGGGUCGGUUGGAUCUGAUGCGCGCCAACAUUGGGUCCCACGCCAGCACAACCCGAUCCAUCAGCCAUGGCAUGCUCUCCGAGGCCGCUGGCACCGCCGACCGGAUCUCCAGUGCUGUCCGUCGCCUGGACCUGGAACAAGCUCGAGUGAAAGCUACACUAGAAGUUGUGGAGCAGGUGGCAGAGCUCAAGGCAUGUGCAUUGGGCGUGUCGGGGUCUAUGGGCGCACCUCAGGAUUGGGAGAAGGCGGCUACCUACCUCCACCGUGCAGCGCAAAUUCCAGACACUGUUUUGAAUGGAGCCUUUGCAGCUGAAAUGGUCCCUACUGCCGACGUGCCUGAUCCUCCAAGCGUGACCCUAGACAAUGCGGCAGAGUCACUGUGUGGUCUGUUUUUGCGUGAAUUUGAGAAGGCCGUGAAGGAAAAUGACGGGGCCAAAAUCACCCGCUUCUUCAAACUGUUUCCUCUUAUUGGCCGAUCCGAGGUUGGACUCGACCUUUAUGGCCGGUAUGUUUGCCAAGGUGUGGCAGCGAAAGCUCGCGCCAAUCUCAACGGGGCUGCUGGCGGUGCUCAGGCCAAAGAUGGCUUCUUUUAUGCCAAUGCUCUUACAAAGUUGUUCGAACAUAUUGCACAGAUUAUCGAUGGUCAUGGAGGACUCGUUGAACAUCACUAUGGACUACGGAAGAUGGGACCCGUUAUUGAACGUCUCCAAAUUGAAGCUGAUGUACAGGGCGGGAUCAUCCUUGAUACGUGGGGUGAUGAGCGUCACGUCGACCGCAAACUGAUGGAUAUCAAAUUCUAUGCUUUCACAUUCUUGGUUCAGAGCUUCCUGCCCACUCAGCGACCCGGCCAACCUCACUCCCAGUCAGCUGCUGCGGGGGCCGGCGCAACUGAGGAAGAGGGAGUGGACAUGAAAGAGAUUGAUGGCAUUUUGAAUGAAAUGGCCAUCAUGCUAGGCCGCUGGUCGCUGUACUGUCGCUUCUUGACUGAUACUUGCAAUGUUAGUAUAUCAUUCUGCUCCAUUUGCUCAAAUCUAACCAUAUCGCAGACUUCGGAUGAUGACGACGAGAAGAGAUUUGCACUCCCAGGCUUCCUCCAGGAGUCACCCCUGACGCAUAAGAUCAACGACCGUCUAGUUUCGCCCUUCAAUGCUAUGACAACGUUCUUCUUCCGGCGCUCUGUCGAAAAGGCGUUCCAAUUGGACGAGUCCCCUUCAGGUCUUACCCUGAACAUGCAACGACCACUGAAAGCCGACCCACCUCACAUCACAUCAGCCGUCGACGACAUCAUGUACAUCGUCAACAAAGUCAUCCAACAAACCAUCUCAACUUCACAAGAAGCGGUGGUGACUAAUGUCGUCCCAACCAUCUCCCGGGUUCUGGGCUCAGACUUCAUAGGCAUGACCCAGCGCAAGAUGCGUGACGAAUGCUAUCCACGCGCCAUCCAAGGAGGCCAACCCCCGGAACAAACCACAAUCGCCUUCCUUGUCCAGAUCAACAACCUAGACAUAGCAAUCGACUACAUUCGCCGCAUCGUCCAAAACAACACCGGCUCCAAGUCUCUCCCAGACCAACCCGGCGAACCAACCCCCCACCUCCUCAACAUAUUCCCCUCCCCAAGCUCGGCAACAAAAGUCUACGCAACUCUGCACUCCCUCGCCACAAGCUUCGAAAGCAAAAUCACCGAACUCCUCAACGACGGCAUCCAGGUCAUCUUCAACAAUGUCAUCAAACCACGUCUGCGCCCAGUCCUUGCAGACGUCUUCCGCGAUAUCGAAUACACCCCGGAACCAACAGCUGACUUCGACGACCGCGAGCUCGUCAAACCCCGUUUCACAACCUCCUGGAGCGAACUCAUGACCCCACACGCCCGCAUCCUGACCCCAACGGCCUUCGACCGCGUUCUCGGCGUGACGGUCUCGUAUCUGUCCCGCCUGCUGGAGAAGAGGUUGUACUCAUACCAUUCCCGUAUCAAUGCUCUUGGCGCAGCUAGGCUGGAGCGCGAUAUUGCGGGUCUGGUCGGUGCUGCGGUUGAGGUUGGAUAUGUGGCUGGUGCGCCAGGGCGGUAUAAACACCGUGAAGUAUUCGCUCGGGUUGUGCAGAUGACGCUUGUUAUGAGUAUGGAUGAGGAUGAGUGGGAUGAGGUGAGGAGGGGCGGGGAAGCUGCGGAGGUUGUUGAAAAGUUGAGUCGGGAGGAGUUGAUCAGGGUUCGUGGUAUGGUGAGGAGGUGA